AUGAGACUAACACUACUACCGAUAUUUACAUCUGUAUUUUUUGCUACUUUAAUAGCGUCAGAGGUAGUUUUAUCAGACCAGCAAAAUGCUUUUGAUACAAUUCAAAAAUCAAAUCAUACAAAUAAUUGGGCAGUAUUAGUAUCAACUUCAAGAUUUUGGUUCAAUUAUCGUCAUAUGGCUAAUGUUUUAAGUUUUUAUAGAACAGUAAAAAGAUUGGGUAUACCAGAUUCACAAAUUAUAUUGAUGUUAUCGGAUGACAUAGCAUGUAAUUCAAGAAAUGCAUUUACAGGUACAGUUUUUAAUAAUAUGGAUCAAGCAUUAGAUUUAUAUGGAGAUAGUAUAGAAGUUGAUUAUAGAGGUUAUGAAGUAACAGUUGAAAAUUUUAUAAGAUUAUUAACAGAUAGAUGGGGACCAGAACAACCAAGAUCAAAAAGAUUAUUAACUGAUGAAAAUUCAAAUAUUUUAAUUUAUUUGACAGGACAUGGAGGGAAUGAAUUUUUAAAAUUUCAGGAUGCGGAAGAAAUUGGAGCAUAUGAUAUAGCAGAUGCAUUUGAACAAAUGUAUGAAAAGAAAAGAUAUAAUGAAAUAUUUUUUAUGAUUGAUACAUGUCAAGCUAACACGAUGUAUGAAAGAAUAUAUUCACCAAAUAUUUUAUGUGUUGGAUCAUCAAGAUUAGAUGAAAGUUCUUAUAGCCAUCACUCAGAUAUGGAUAUUGGAGUUGCAGUUAUUGAUAGAUUUACUUAUUAUUGUUUAGAUUUUUUGGAAAAAAUUAAUAGAAAUUCAAAAGAAACAAUGAAUAAAUUAUUUGAUGUUUUAACUUUUGAAAAUGUUCAUUCUCAUGCAGGUAUAAGAACUAAUUUGUUUAAAAGAGAUAUUAAUAAAGUAUUAUUAACUGAUUUUUUUGGCAAUGUUCAAAAUGUUUUGGUUGAUGAUGAGGGUUCAGACAAAGAUGUCUUAAAUUCUACAGUAAAAGCAUUUAAAGAUUCAAAUAAAAUUCAACUAAGCGCACUUAAAAAAGAAAUCAUAAGGGGAUUGCCUCAAUUUGGGUUUGAAACAGAUAGUAACGACGACGUAUCAUCUAAUUUAUCAAAAUUAAUAACACAAUCUCAAGCCAAAGCAGUUACAAUAAUUACAAUAAUAAUUAUAUCAACAAUAUGGUUUUUCUCUCCAAAGGCUUAA